UCCCCUGUCUUGACAGGACACACACCCUCUCCUGGAGCGGCUUUAGUGUCUGCAGAGCCACUGAGCUCAGAAGCCAGGCAGGUGGAUCGCUCCGGGCCGCUGUCACCCAUGGCUCUCACACUGGGGACCCGCAUGCUGCCGCUGUGUGUGUGUGUCCUGCUGACACCCGGCCUUGUGGGGGCGGGCAGGCUGCUGGUGGUCCCCCUCGAUGGCAGCCCCUGGUUUAGCACCCAGAAGAUUAUAAAUCAGCUAGUGCAGAGAGGACACGAGUUGGUGGCCGUCAUGCCAGAUGUGAGCUGGCGGCUGGAACAGUCACUGAACUUCACUGUGAAGCAUUACUCUCUCCCUUACAACCUGGAUGAAAUGAAUCGAGAGUUCAAGGUAUAUGCUGAUGAGCGCUGGAAGACUCAAGAGACGGAUUUUCUUUCUUUGCUGACCAGUGCCUCCUCCAGCGACAUUUAUGACUACUUCUUUGUGCACUGUCGGAGCUUGUUUAAUGACAAAAAUCUAGUCCGGUAUUUGGAGGAGACUUCUUUUGAUGCUGUGUUUCUGGAGCCUUUUGAUAUGUGUGGCUUAAUCAUCGCCAAGUACCUCUCACUGCCAUCUGUGACCUUUGCCAGGGGGAUGUUUUGCCACUAUGGAGAACAAGGUACCCAGAGCCCCAUGCCUCUCUCCUAUGUCCCCAGACCUCUCUUGGGGUGCUCAGACACCAUGAGUUUCUGGGAGAGAGUGUGGAAUCACAUUUACCACUUGGAGGAGCAAGUGCUUUGCCCCUAUUUUCUGGACACUGCUCUCAAGGUUGCCUCUGAGAUUCUCCAAACGACAGUCACCCCCUAUGAUCUCUAUAGUCAGGUGUCCAUCUGGCUGAUGCGGAGUGACUUUGUCCUGGAGUACCCCAGGCCUGUCAUGCCCAACAUGAUCUUCGUUGGAGGCAUCAACUGUCACCAGGCAAAACCACUGCCAAAGGGGAAGAGGCAUGAGAGGUUAAACUAGAACGCCCUACUAAAAGAUCAGCAAAACAUUUGGGGAGAG